UUUGCUCAACGUGGUGGAGCUUCAGGAAGAAAAGAAAGAUCUAAUGACCAUAUUUUUAAAAUACUUCUGUGUGACGCAAAUGACAGCAGUACAAUGAGCUUCCGAGGAAAGGAAUUUUGGAAAAAGAGGCGGACAGUGAGGAGAGUGAAUCCGGAAGAAAUCCACAGGUUCAGUUCUCAGGAAAAGCCUAGGCUUCUCGAGCCCUUGGAUUAUGAAGCUGUCAUUGAGGAACUUGAAAAGACCUAUGGGAACGAUCCCCUUCAAGACCUCCUGUUCUUCCCCAAGGAUGACUUCUCAACAGCCACAGUUUCUUGGGAUAUCAGGACAUUGUACUCCACAGUACCUGAAGACGCAGAACACAGAGCAGAAAACUUGCUGGUGAAAGAGGCUUGUAAAUUUUAUAGUUCCCAGUGGUAUGUAGUAAACUACAAAUACGAACGAUAUUCUGGAGACAUUCGGCACCUACCCCGAGCAGAAUACAAAGCGGAGAAACUUCCCUCCCAUUCCUUUGAGGUUGACCACGAAGAUGCUGAUAAGGAUGAAGAUACUACUUCCCACUCAUCGUCUAAGGGCGGUGGCGGAGCCGGGGGGACGGGUGUGUUCAAGUCUGGCUGGCUCUACAAGGGGAAUUUUAACAGCACAGUGAACAAUACCGUCACUGUCCGGUCAUUCAAGAAGCGCUAUUUCCAGCUGACUCAGUUACCAGAUAGCUCCUACAUUAUGAACUUUUACAAGGAUGAAAAAAUAUCCAAAGAACCAAAAGGCUGCAUUUUUUUGGAUUCCUGCACAGGUGUGGUGCAGAACAACAGGCUAAGGAAGUACGCCUUUGAACUGAAGAUGCACGACCUGACUUACUUUGUGCUGGCAGCUGAGACGGAGUCGGAUAUGGACGAGUGGAUCCACACUCUGAACCGCAUCCUACAGAUCAGUCCUGAGGGCCCAAUGCAGGGGAGAAGGAGCACAGAGCUCGCCGACCUGGGGCUGGAUCCACUGCAUAAUUCUGUGACUUGUGAAUGCACGCUGGAGGAGACGGAUUCUUCAGAGAACAGCCUACACCCAGACUUUGCCAAAUACCUCACAGAAACAGAAGACAGUGUUAAGACAACGCGAAACAUGGAGAGGCUGAAUCUGUUCCUGCUAGACCCAGAUAUAGAUACCCUGAAACUUCAGAAAAAGGAUGUUUUAGAACCUGAGUUUGUGAUCAAACCCUUUGAAGAGAAAGCAGCAAAGAGAAUUAUGAUCAUUUGUAAAGCUCUCAACUUUAAUCUUCAGGGAUGUGUUACGGAGAAUGAAAGUGAUCCCAUAACAAACAUUGAGCCAUUUUUUGUGAGUGUGGCACUUUAUGACCUGAGAGAUGGUAGGAAGAUUUCUGCUGAUUUUCACGUGGAUCUAAACCACACAGUGGUCAGGCAGAUGCUCUUGGGGCCUCCCAUGGCUUUGGAAAAUGGCACCAUCGACACCAUCACCCCAAGACAAUCAGAAGAACCCCACAUCAAGGGACUUCCAGAGGAAUGGCUCAAGUUUCCAAAGCAGGCUAUAUUUUCUGUAAGUGAUCCACAUUCUGAAAUUGUUUUGGUGGCCAAAAUUGAAAAAGUCUUGAUGGGAAACAUUGCAAGUGGUGCUGAACCUUACAUCAAGAACCCAGACUCCAACAAGUUUGCACAAAAGAUACUCAAAUCCAACAGACACUUCUGUAGCAAGUUGGGGAAAUACCGCAUGCCAUUUGCCUGGGCGGUGAGAUCAGUUUUUAAGGACAACCAGGGAAAUGUGGACAGAGACUCAAGAUUUUCACCAUUGUAUAGACAAGAAAGCAGCAAGAUUUCAACUGAAGACCUCCUUAAACUAGUAUCAGAUUAUAGGAGGGCUGACCGGAUAAGCAAAAUGCAGACAAUCCCUGGAAGCCUGGAUAUCGCUGUUGACAACAUUCCUUUGGAACAUCCAAACUGUGUAACAUCGUCCUUUAUCCCUGUCAAGCCUUUCAACCUGAUGGCUCAAUCUGAACCAACGGUGGAAGUAGAAGAAUUUAUUUAUGACUCAACAAAGCAUUGUCGUCCUUAUAGAGUAUACAAAAAUCAGAUUUACAUUUACCCCAGACACCUCAAGUAUGAUAGCCAAAAAUGUUUCAAUAAGGCACGAAAUAUUACCGUGUGUAUUGAAUUCAAAAACUCCGAUGAAGAAGGGGCCAAGCCUGUGAAGUGUAUUUAUGGAAAACCAGGAGGACCUCUCUUCACAUCAGCUGCCUACACAGCCGUUCUGCAUCAUUCACAGAAUCCAGAUUUCUCUGAUGAGGUGAAGAUUGAGCUACCAACACAGCUCCAUGAGAAACACCAUAUUUUAUUUUCUUUCUAUCACGUCACAUGUGACAUCAAUGCCAAAGCCAACGCCAAAAAGAAGGAGGCACUGGAAACUUCAGUGGGUUAUGCUUGGCUUCCUCUGAUGAAACAUUGUCAGAUAGCUUCUCAAGACUAUCACAUCCCAGUAGCAACAAUUCUGCCACCUCAUUACUUAAGCAUUCAGGACUCUGCAAGUGGAAAGCAUGGCGGGAAUGACGUCAAGUGGGUUGAUGGUGGCAAACCCCUUUUCAAAGUGUCAACCUUUGUGGUGUCAACAGUGAACACACAGGAUCCACAUGUGAAUGCAUUUUUCCAACAGUGCCAAAAGAGAGAAAAGGACAUGUCUCAGUCACCUACCUCAAGCUUCAUACGCUCUUGUAAGAAUUUGUUAAACGUGGAAAAGAUUCAUGCGAUCAUGAGCUUCCUGCCUAUAAUCUUGAACCAGCUCUUCAAGGUUCUGGUGCAAAAUGAAGAGGAUGAAAUAAGCACAACUGUUACCAGGGUUCUCACCGAUAUUGUAGCCAAGUGCCAUGAGGAGCAGCUUGACCAUUCAGUCCAGUCGUACAUUAAGUUUGUGUUCAAGACAAGGACCUACAAGGAAAGAACGAUACAUGAAGAACUGGCUAAAAAUGUGACUGGCCUGUUGAAGUCAAAUGACUCAACCACAGUGAAGCAUGUCCUGAAGCAUUCCUGGUUCUUCUUUGCAAUUAUCCUAAAAUCAAUGGCGCAGCACUUAAUUGACACAAACAAAAUUCAGCUUUCCCGGGCUCAAAGAUUUCCUGAAUCUUACCAAAAUGAACUAGACAAUCUUGUAAUGCUUGUCUGCGACCAUGUGAUUUGGAAAUACAGAGAUACGCUUGAAGAAACUAAGAGAGCAAAUCAAAGCGUUGCUCGAUUUCUUAAGCGCUGCUUCACAUUUAUGGACCGAGGGUUUGUGUUCAGGAUGGUCAACAAUUACGUCAGCAUGUUCUCCUCUGGUGAGCUCAAGACUUUAUGCCAAUAUAAGUUUGAUUUUCUUCAAGAAGUGUGCCAACAUGAGCACUUCAUUCCUCUGUGUCUUCCCAUAAGAUCUGCAUACAUUCCAGAUCCUGUGACACCUUCAGAAUCAAUUCAGGAGUUACAUGCCUCAGACAUGCCCGAAUAUUCAGUCACCAAUGAAUUUUGCCGCAAACACUUCUUAAUUGGAAUUCUGCUUCGAGAAGUUGGCUUUGCCCUGCAGGAAGACCAAGACGUCAGGCACUUAGCUUUAGCUGUCCUCAAAAAUCUGAUGGCUAAGCAUUCAUUUGAUGAUCGAUACAGAGAACCAAGAAAACAGGCCCAGAUUGCAAGUCUGUACAUGCCUCUGUAUGGCAUGCUUCUGGACAACAUGCCCAGGAUUUACCUAAAGGACCUGUAUCCUUUUACGAUCAACACAUCCAAUCAGGGCUCUAGAGAUGACCUAAGUACCAAUGGAGGCUUUCAAACCCAGACAUCUAUGAAGCAUGCAACAUCUGUGGAUACAUCAUUUUCUAAAGAUGUCUUAAAUUCCAUAGCAGCAUUUUCAUCCAUAGCUAUUUCUACAGUAAACCACGCUGAUUCCAGAGCAUCGUUAGCAAGUCUUGACUCCAACCCAAGCACCAAUGAGAAGAGCAGUGACAAGAUGGAUAACUGUGAGAAGAUCCCCAGGCCUUUGUCUCUGAUUGGGUCAACACUUCGAUUUGACAAGUUAGAUCAAGCAGAAACCAGGAGUCUUCUUAUGUGUUUUCUCCACAUUAUGAAAACAAUUUCAGAUGAGACACUGAUUGCGUACUGGCAGAGAGCACCCAGCCCAGAGGUGUCAGACUUCUUCAGCAUCCUAGAUGUUUGUCUUCAAAAUUUCAGAUACCUAGGAAAACGCAAUAUAAUAAGGAAAAUAGCUGCUGCAUUUAAAUUUGUGCAGUCAACCCAGAGCAAUGGAACCCUGAAAGGAUCCAACCCUUCCUGCCAGACAUCGGGACUGUUGUCACAAUGGAUGCAUACCACAUCCGGUCAUGAAGGGCAUAAACAGCACAGAUCACAAACCUUACCUAUAAUUCGAGGCAAAAAUGCUCUUUCCAACCCCAAACUUUUGCAGAUGUUAGACAAUACCAUGACCAGCAACUCCAAUGAAAUCGACAUUGUGCACCACGUGGACACCGAGGCCAAUAUUGCCACCGAGGUUUGCCUUACAAUCCUAGACCUGCUCACCCUCUUCACCCAGGUCCACCAGAGACAGCUCCAGCAAUCGGAAUGUCAAAAUUCACUUGUGAAAAGGGUCUUCGACACCUACAUGCUCUUUUUCCAAGUCAACCAGUCGGCUGCAGCGCUGAAGCACGUGUUUGCCUCUUUGAGACUGUUUGUAUGCAAGUUUCCUUCAGCCUUCUUCCAAGGCCCUGCCGACCUCUGUGGAUCUUUCUGCUAUGAAGUCCUCAAAUGCUGUAACCACAGGUCACGCUCAACUCAGACUGAAGCUUCAGCCCUUUUAUACUUCUUCAUGAGGAAGAAUUUUGAAUUUAACAAACAGAAGUCAAUUGUCAGGUCCCAUUUACAACUCAUCAAAGCAGUAAGCCAGUUAAUCGCUGAUGCUGGGAUUGGAGGCUCCCGGUUUCAGCACUCCCUUGCGAUCACCAACAACUUUGCCAAUGGAGACAAGCAGAUGAGAAACAGUAAUUUCCCAGCAGAGGUGAAAGACCUAACUAAACGCAUUAGGACUGUUUUGAUGGCCACGGCUCAGAUGAAAGAGCACGAGAAGGAUCCCGAGAUGCUUGUGGACCUCCAGUACAGCCUGGCAAACUCUUAUGCAAGUACCCCUGAACUGCGGAGGACCUGGCUGGAAAGCAUGGCCAAGAUUCAUGCAAGAAAUGGAGACUUAUCCGAGGCUGCUAUGUGCUACAUCCAUAUAGCCGCCCUCAUUGCUGAGUACCUGAAAAGGAAAGGUUACUGGAAAAUGGAAAAGAUUUGCACGUCAUCCCUGGUCCCGGAGGAUGCCCAUCCCUGUGAUAGCCACCCAUUACUAACAACCCCAGGUGGAGGAAGUAUGUUCUCUAUGGGAUGGCCAGCUUUUGUGAGCAUCACACCAAAUAUUAAAGAAGAAGGAGCAAUGAAAGAGGAUUCAGGAAUGCAAGACACACCAUACAAUGAGAGCAUUCUAGUGGAGCAGCUGUACAUGUGUGUGGAGUUUCUCUGGAAGUCCGAGCGGUACGAACUCAUCGCUGAUGUCAACAAACCCAUCAUUGCCGUCUUCGAGAAGCAACGGGACUUCAAGAAACUGUCGGAUCUGUACUAUGACAUCCACCGGUCCUAUCUAAAAGUGGCAGAGGUGGUGAACUCAGAGAAGCGGCUGUUCGGGCGCUACUAUCGUGUGGCAUUUUAUGGGCAGGGUUUUUUUGAAGAAGAAGAAGGUAAAGAGUACAUCUAUAAAGAGCCCAAGCUAACGGGGCUCUCGGAGAUUUCCCAAAGGUUACUCAAGCUCUAUGCAGAUAAAUUUGGGGCAGACAAUGUGAAGAUAAUCCAGGAUUCCAACAAGGUAAACCCCAAGGAGUUAGACCCCAAGUACGCCUACAUCCAGGUCACCUACGUCACGCCAUUCUUCGAAGAGAAGGAGAUCGAGGACCGCAGGACAGAUUUUGAAAUGCACCACAACAUCAACCGCUUUGUGUUCGAGACUCCCUUCACGCUGUCCGGCAAGAAGCACGGGGGAGUGGCGGAGCAGUGCAAACGCAGGACCAUCCUCACAACAAGCCACCUGUUCCCCUAUGUGAAGAAGAGGAUCCAGGUCAUCAGCCAGUCGAGCACCGAACUGAAUCCGAUUGAGGUGGCCAUUGAUGAGAUGUCCAGGAAGGUUUCUGAGCUGAACCAGCUCUGCACCAUGGACGAGGUGGACAUGAUCCGACUGCAGCUUAAACUGCAGGGAAGUGUCAGCGUGAAGGUCAAUGCUGGGCCAAUGGCCUACGCACGUGCUUUCCUUGAAGAAACAAAUGCCAAAAAAUACCCUGACAACCAAGUCAAGCUCUUGAAGGAAAUCUUCAGGCAAUUUGCAGAUGCCUGUGGGCAGGCUCUGGACGUGAAUGAGCGCCUCAUCAAGGAGGACCAGCUGGAGUACCAGGAAGAAUUGCGCUCUCAUUACAAGGACAUGCUCAGUGAGCUGUCUGCCGUCAUGAAUGAGCAGCUCUGUCGAGGUCCGUGUUUAUACAGCUUCUGUUCCUCUGUGUCUAGCAUGUCCCUCAGUACUGUGAGCAAGAGUGAUUACGGGCAGGGACGACCUAGCAAAGCGCGGAGCGGAGCACCCCAGCACUCGUAUAAUUAGCAAGGCCACGCCAGCCGCACCCACCAUCUCCCACUCCGCCAGUGCCGAAGUGUGAGCUUAGCUCCACAGAACGAGACGCAGCUCUCCAGGAAUUCUCUCAACUGGCCACUCAUCUCGGGGACAACAGAGAGACAUUUAAUUUAUUUGAAGGUUUUUGUGUGUGUGUGUGUGUUUUUUCCGGCGUUAACAUUUUUGUUUACCUCGCUAGCUUGAGAAUUUUGCAAGCCUAUGAAUUUGCACAUUUUCCCUAUGACUUCGGUUUGGUUUUGUUUUCUUGGAGCAGUGUUGAUCAAGUCAAGCUGAAUAUUUGCCAUGAAAUGCCAAUGAAUGUUCAGCUCAAGAGCAAACCCCACGUUUUUUGCAGUCGGAUAUAAUGAGUUCAAGACCCAGUCCCCAUCCACAUAUUUUAAAGGUCAAAGUGAAUGUUUUUGUAACAUUUAAGGAUAUUUCAGAUGUAAAUAGCAGAUUGUACAAUAUAUGGUUUUUACCAAAUUUAAAAGAAUGUUUUUAGUUCUUUCAACAGUACUAAAAUUAUAUGAAUAACAUUUCAGAUACCAUUAUAUUAAAAUAUUUGUGUAUGUGUAAAAAAAGUGUUCAUAUAUACUAAUCUUCAAAGUUUGUGAAGUUCCUUUAUUUGUAAUAUAUGUGCUUUUAAAUGCAAUGGGAUGUGAAAUUAUAGAGGUAUUUUGUUGUUGUUAAUAAAAAUAAAAAAUAUGGUUACUUUGCA